UUAAAAAUUAAUAUAAUGUUUAUUUUACUUUAUUAUCUACCAAAUUUUGUUAGAGGCCAAGGAGGUUGUCAGAUAUUGAUGUAUAAGAAUGAAAAAUUUGUAAAGAAUCGUAAAACUGAUACCCGAACAUAUUGGAUUUGUUCGAAAAAGAACGCAACAAUUUGUCGGGCACGCAUUGUUACUGGUCGUGAUGCAUAUGGCUUGGAACGUAUAUUCCAAUAUAAUUGCAAACACAACCAUACACCCAAAAAUCUUCAUUCCAAACUUAAAACCAUCAGGAAGGACAAAAAGGGUUUUGUUAUAUCAAGUGUUACGUCAUUAAAUAAAAUUAAUAAAAAGAAAAAUUCCAAGAAAAUUAACCAGCCUUAGGAUUUUGUAAAAUUUUUUUUUUACAAAAAUAUUAAAACAUGAAUAUAGUAAAAAGUUUCUUUUUUUUUUAAAUACAUCUGUUAAAAAUAGUAAAAUAAUAAUUUUGUAUUAUUUUUUUAUACAUGGUGUGAGCAAAAAAUUAUAAAUUUAAAAUAUCAAUAAAUUACAUGAAUUUAAAAUUAAA